GGGGAAAGGGGGAGGAAUGAAAGCUUAGCAAUAGCAAACGUGCAGGGCUUUGAACGCGAGUAAAAUUAAACAGAAAAAGCGACCAAUGCGUUUUUCGGUUGGCAAGAUCGAAGGCGUCUAAUAGUGGGUGACCGCAGAACAAGUGGCACAGGAAGGGUAUUCAUUAGUUUUAAAAGCGGCAGUGACCCGUUCACCGGGGCCCUCGGUUGGGCUGUUUAGAUGAGUCUGGGAUACUGAUUGCAGUUGACAAGCUACUGUAUCCACUUUUCCGUCCCCCGCUCUUCUAAACCAGGAAAUCGCCCAGCUUCAGAUCUGAAAAGAAAAAGGAAGUGAAGAGACGAGUCGCACUCUCGCCUAACAAUGAGCGAGUCCAGCAUUUGCCAGGCCCGGGCCACUGUUAUGAUCUACGAUGACGCCAGUAAGAAGUGGGUGGCUGCAGGAGCCGGCCCACAAACCAUCAGCCGUGUGCAGAUCUACCACAGCCCUGGCAGUAACAGCUUCCGGGUGGUGGGCCGCAAGAUGCAGACAGACCAGCAGGUGGUGAUGAAUUGUCUAAUCACAAAAGGGCUGAAGUACAAUCAGGCCACCCCUAACUUCCAUCAGUGGAGGGAUGCACGACAGGUGUGGGGGCUCAACUUCAGCAGCAAGGACGAUGCGUCAAAUUUCGCCAACAGCAUGACGCAUGCGCUGGAUGUGCUGAGCUCCCUGCCUGAUGCGGCUCCAGGUUACUCCACUCUCCCCCGACCUGCUCAGAAUGGACCCUCUCCAGAAGAACUGGAGCAGCUGAGAAGGCAAGAGCAGGUGGAACGAGAACGACAGGAGUGGGAACGACAGGAGUGGGAGCGGCAGGAACGAGAGCGGCAGGAACGAGAGCGGCAGGAACGGGAGCGGCAGGAACGGGAGCGACAGGAACGGGAAAGGCAGGAACGGGAGCGGCAGGAACGGGAGCGGCAAGCUGCAGCAGUAAUUAUUCCACCUGCGCCUCCAAUGCCAGUACUUGGUGGACCCCCGCCCCCCCCCCGGCCCCCGCCACCACCUGGGCCUCCACCUCCUCCUGGACCACCUCCUCCAGGACCACCACCUCCAAGUGGCGCAGGUCCACCACCUCCUCCUCCGCUGCCCAUGUCCUCAGGAGGUGGUGGAGGAGGAGUAGAUGGAGGGGGUGGAAGCGGAGGAGGAGGCCUGGCUGCAGCCCUCGCUGGUGCCAAACUGCGUAAAGUUGCCAAGCCAGAGGACAGUGGCCCAGGACCAACAGCAGCACCAGCGCCGCCCCCUAAGACUGACGCAAGCCGCAGUAGUGCCUCCCUGCCAGGAGGGGGCGGUGGAGGAGGAGACCUGAUGGGAGAAAUGAGCGCCAUCCUUGCACGACGGAGAAAAGCUGCAGAUAAAGGAGAGAAGGCCCCCGAAAAGGUUCCCAUCAAACCGGAGGAGCCGAGUACUGACGACACUGAGUCUCCAGGUGAUGCACUUAGGAGACCGUGGGAUAAGUCAGCCACCAUGCCGAGGAACAACUCUGUCUCCAGGGGCAUGGAUACCAUUGCUUCAGUUCCCUCCCCAGGCCAAUUUGCCAGGACGAAGCCAGUGAGUAGCAGUAAUGAUGCAGCGGGCGGCGACGAAUCGGAUUUGGACAGACUAAAACAGGAACUUCUGGAGGAGAUGCGCAAGGAACUGCAGAAAGUCAAAGAGGAGAUCAUUAGAGCAUUUGUUCAGGAGCUGCAGAAGAGAGGCUCAACAUAAUCCCAUGGGCAGCUUGGGGGGGUAGACCUUUGUCCCACCUGGGAUAAUGUUUUCUAUUCCUUUCUCUCACUUUUUUUUGGUUCCCCUUUCUCUCAAGCACAAGUUAAUGCAAACGGGGUGACCUCGACUUGGACAUGCCAAAAGACUGUUUGCCUCGUCAUUUGCUCACACUUUUUCUCUUUCCUGCUGUGAUUUUUUUUUUCCCCUCCCACAACAACACAUUUUCUCACCAACAGAGCUCUCCUGUGUAAUUUGCAUUUUUUUUUCAGCUCUUAAUUCUCAUUAAUAUAAGGGUCCACAAGAAUAUGAAAAUAUGAUUUGUCAUUGUGUGCCGAACGACUGUGCAGCAACUCCUUUAUGCCUGUAAAUCAAGAGGGACUGUGGUUGGCUCUGGCGAUGUGGGGGUCAGGCCACAGGGCAAUCUUCAGGUAGACCACUGUGGACUCUGCAAGACCAAGAUGGUGGCACCAGCAAUCAGUCCUGUGUCUCAGGGAUAAGCAGAAUUGCAUUAGCGCGAAGAUUUCAUGCAUCACGCCCGAUCCCACAGUUGGGCAUGGUGAUCACUACAGAAUCCUCAUAGCGAUGACGAGAAAGAGCUACAAAUACUAAAACUGGGAUGUGAGAAAAGUAGAGAAAGAGGGUGGAGUGGCUAGAACCUAAGAGGAUGAUGGUGCACUUGUGGACUCAUCUGUGGCCUGGUGUGAUGCAUCCUGUGUAUCAGAGGGAACCUGCCUUGAUGUACUGCGUGCUCAGGGUCCCGCACUAGCAAUAGCACAACCUCAGUCAAGACAGCAGCCGUUCUGCUUCCCUCUGCUCUAUAUGCAACACAGUUCACGAUUUCAUACUGUAGUUUAGCGGUAAGACUUAGUCUUAAUUGCCUUGAAGAAGAUGUCUAAAUAUAUGUAACUUUUUGAGGGAAUUUAAAACGUAAUUGUUUUAGCUAAGACUACUGGUGAUGGGUGAAUGGUUUUUUUUUUUCCUUUUUAAAAAUGAAUAUUUUGACCUUAAUUUAAUUUCUUUUUUCUAUUAGAAUAUAUCCUUUUUACACUGAAAUAUGAUAGCAUAAACACACUGGAUUAAACAUGGACUCAUAGUCAACUGCUUAUUGUCCUGCCUCUGCCUCCUAGCUUUCUUUUACACUAUGUGCGUAAAAGUGAUUCGUAGGGAACUCAAUGGGUAGCAACAUGCUCACUAACCUGAGUAAAUGGGGUAACAGACUGUAUCGUAACUUCUAAAGAUACAGAAUGUGGCAAUAAAUGAAUUACUAGUAAGUUAACAUAAUAGAAAUUUGUAGACAUUGAUUUUUUUUGUAAUGUUUUGCCCAUAUGCACGUUUUUUUUCAUUUACAAGAAAAAAACCAUGUCAUUAUGUCAAUUUUCUAAAAUUCCCAAUGAGAGUGUGAGGGCUGUGAUGGACUGUCAUCUAGCCUAGGAUGUCCUCUGCCAUGUGCCUUGUGAUUCCUCAGAUUGAUUCCAAGGUUCCAGCUUGUAUGUCAUAUUAUUGUCGGAAUGCUUCCUCAUUUAUCUACACAGGUAAGUAUAUAUCUCAAGGGAACAAAAAAAGUACUCUUUAGAGUUGGAUUGGAAUAUAGCGGAAAGAUAAUUCAUUACAAUGUUUUACAGUACAUUAAGAGAACCAAUCAGUGUUGUGCCCCCGCGGUACUUAAUUUAUGAUGUGAUGUAUAAACAUACCUUCGGACAUAAAUGCCUUGUGCAUAUUACACUCUGACAUUUGUUUAGGCUAAUUCUGCGUUGGUGGUAUAUAUAAAAAAUUAAAGGUGAAAUAAUGGCUUAA